UAGCCUACGAAGUCCAGAGUUUAUGAGGAGCUUCAUAUCUCAGCAGAAAGGGGAAAAAAAAUGUAUAUAAAAUCAAAUUUAUUUGCGUGGUAAUUGAUACUAAAUUACGUGUGUGUGUGACGUUUGCACCCAUCAAACGUCAACAACAGUCUGAGUCAGAACAGCAGGAGCAGACAAACAUGGACCGUGUGACUGCUGCCUCCGUUACAGGCUGUGCAGUAGGUGCUGUGGCCCUGGCCCCUGUUGCUCUGUGGGCCGUAGGUUUCACCUCAGCUGGAAUCGCUGCAGGCUCUUAUGCUGCAGGCAUGAUGUCUUCAGCAGCUAUUGCAAAUGGAGGAGGAGUAGCAGCAGGAAGUCUGGUGGCUGUUUUACAGUCAGCAGGGGCGGCUGGUCUGCCAGUGGUGGCCAAUGUGGCUGUGGCCAGUGCUGGAGCUGCAACCGGAUGGCUGACCUCCAAACUGGCAAGAACAAAGACUGACAAAGAAAACACUGAAUAACAGCAUAUUUCUUUUGUCAAGUGAGACAACGCCCACAUUCCAAGUUUACUUACUUAAGUGCACAUUUGCAUGAAUUUAAAUGUGUUAAAU